UGCAAAAGCACCAUCAAUAUGCUCUACAAGAUCGAGAACGUCCAUGGCGUCCACGCCAAGAUCGUGGCCGUGGGCGAGCACGAAGAGACGACGUACUACGUGGUGCAGAUCCACCACGGCGACCGCUCCUACUACGUUGCGAAGCGCUACUCCGAGUUCCACGCGCUCUGGACGACGCUCUACGCGGCUGCCCGCGCGCACGCCGGCCGCGACAACUGCACGCUCUGCUCGCACCUCCCGCGCUUCCCGAAGAAGCUCUUUUUCUCGACCAAGGCCUCGCGCCAGCGCCGCUUCGAGGACCUCCAAGCCUUCUUGAAAGCCACGUUGCUCGCGAUCCAAGGCGACCUCUGCGACGAAGCGCACCUCUGCAGCGGCGCGAAAGCGAUCCUGAGCUUCCUUUCGAUCUACGACAAGAGCAAACAAGCGCCGACCAUGUACGACAGCGUCCAACUCGACACGAUCCACCCGGACGCGUGGUACCGCAGCCGCCGCAACACCGAAGUGCUCUCCACUUCGACGAGCCACUCAAGCCACCGGAGCAGCCUCGACGUGCACGACCUUGCGUUCUACGCGACGACGCCGGCUUCGACCGCUGCCGGCCCUUCCUUGUAGAGCCGUGAUUCAAUCUUAUUAUUAGCACUGCGAAAAUAGACUAUUUAUUAUCAUGCCGCCA